UCUCUCUCUCUCUCUCUCUCUCUCUCUCAGAGGAGGAGGAGGAGGAGGAGGAGAACAAGCAACAAUGGAGGAGCCAUGUCGGCGAUCGUUCAGAGACGGGCGCUUCGCAUCGAGAAAAGCGGAAGAAGCUGCAUGCAGGCGGUCCCAAGCGGCGAGCUGGCUGGAGAGCCUGCUGGGGCCUCUCGGCUUGCCGGUGCAACCCUCCGAGAAGGAGUUCAUCUCCUGCUUGAGGAGCGGCCUCAUCCUCUGCGGCGCCAUCAACAAGAUCCUCCCAGGUGCUGUUCCCAAGGUUGUCGGCAAUCAGCCGAUCGGGGCCACGUGGGACAGCCAGCCCCUCACUGCUUAUCAGCACUUCGAGAACAUCCGCAACUUUCUAGUCGCUGUCGACGCGCUAAAGCUGCCGAGCUUCGAAGCUUCCGAUCUCGAAAGGGAUAAUUUGGAGGCCGGGUCGGCGGCUAAGAUUGUCGAUUGUAUUCUAGGAUUGAAAUCUUACCAUGAGUGGAAGCAAAGCAGUGGAGGCAAUGGGCCUGGGAAGUUCAUGAAAUCGCCAGUGGCUCCGCAUUCCGCCAGCCGAGCUCAGUCUCGCGUCACCUGCUCCUCGGGUUUAAUGGUCCGUUGUAGGCGAUUGGACCUGACGGCACCCUUGGAUAACAAGCCAUCUUCCGAAAAGGAGAAUCAAAAGAGUGAAGAUGCAAUGGACUCGCUCGUGAGAGUGCUAACAGAUUGUAUGCUAAACUCGAAGGAGAACAUCAACAAAGAUCUUCUAGAUUUAUGGAAUCAGGGAAAAUUGGAUCCCAUUCAGCUAUUUCGUAAGAUCGUCUCAAGUUGCCCUGAAGAGGAACAGUUGAAAUCGCUUCUUGAAGUUCAUUCACUAGAAGAGAAUGUGCUGAACAACGACUUAUCUCAGAAUCAUGAGAGUUAUAAAGUAUGUUCGGGAAAAGCUGAUUCCUAUCAUUGGCGUCUUUUGGAAGCCCAAGAAAAUGAACUUGCGGAACUCAAAACUAUGCUCCUGAGAACUAAAGACGACUUUGUAACACUUCAGCACCAAUUACAGGAUGAUUGCAAAAAAAUACGAUUUCAUAUUCAAGAGCUAUCUGCUGCCGCUAUGGGAUACAAUCAAGCUGUUAAAGAAAACCGGCAAUUGUAUAACACGCUUCAGGAGUUAAGGGGAAAUAUUCGAGUGUUUUGCAGGAUCAGACCACUUAUUGACUCGGGAGCUAAAACUUCAAUCGACUACAUUGGAAAUGAUGGCUCGCUGAUGGUUCUUGAUCCGCUUAAGCCACAAAGUGCACGCAAAGUUUUCCAGUUCAACAAAGUUUUCUGCCCAACUGCGACUCAAGAUGAUAUAUACAAGGACACACAAUCUUUGAUAAGAUCUGUAAUGGACGGUUAUAAUGUAUGUAUUCUUGCUUAUGGCCAGACAGGUUCUGGUAAAACCCACACCAUGUGUGGCCCAUCAGAGAGAUCUAGUAAGGAGAUGGGGUUAAAUUACAAGGCUUUAAAUGACCUCUUCCAAAUAUCAAGAACACGAGAAGACGUGAAAUACGAGCUUCAAGUUCAGAUGGUUGAGAUCUACAAUGAGCAAGUCCGGGACCUUUUAGCAGAAGAUGCAACAAGCACCAAAAUAGAGAUUAGGACUUGCUCAAGCAAUGGUGGGUUGAGCCUUCCGGAUGCUAUUAUGCAGCCUGUGCAAUCCACAGAAGAUGUUCUGUUCAGAAAUGUGAUCUUAGAGAGGAGUGUGUUGCACUUUUCUAUCAGUGUUUUGACAGUUCAUGUUCAUGGUAAAGACAUUUCGGGUAGCACGAUUCACAGUUGCUUGUAUUUAGUGGACCUUGCGGGUAGCGAAAGGGUCGAUCGAUCAGAAGCCACUGGAGACAGGCUAAGAGAGGCGCAACAUAUUAACAAGUCUCUUUCCUGUUUGGGAGAUGUCAUCACAGCCUUGGCUCAGAAGAACUCUCACAUCCCAUACCGAAACAGCAAGCUCACACAGUUGUUACAAAACUCACUAGGUGGCAAUGCAAAGAUGUUGAUGUUUGCUCAUGUGAGUCCUGAGGCCGACUCUUAUGUGGAAACAGUAAGUACGCUGAAGUUUGCACAAAGGGCAUCUACUGUUGAGCUCGGUGUUGCCCAUUCGAAUAAAGAAAGCAGUGAAGUUCGGGAACUCAAAGAACAGAUUGAUAGUCUAAAGAAGGCACUGGCAACUAAGGAAGCAGAAAAAGUUGCAUCUUCAUUGAAAAUGAAAGAGAACACACCCCUCAGUGAGAGAGCAAAGCAAAUGGUGGAGCGAACCCCUCCACGGUCUCGAAGGCUUAGCAUUGAGAAUACAACUAACUCAAAGGUAACUAAAUCAACUAACCCAGAUGAUAGAAGGGUUCCUAAAUCUCCAAUCCCGAUGCAAAAGGUGGCAACAGAAUAUGUGCCGAUUCAUCACAGACGGUCGAGCUUGGAAGGUCCAAAUCUUGGAAAAACUAAAUCAGCUUUAAAACUCAACUCUACAAAUGAAGGAGAACCACUUAAGGGAAGCAAUCACUGUAGUCAAGCAGCAUUGCAUGGUGGCGUGGAAGCAAAAUCGAGAAUAAAUGAGGAGUGUCAUAGUGUAGCUGAUACUGAUGCUUUCUUACAAUGCUCUCCUCUUACUGGUAAUUUGUCAAGAGAUCAGUGUCUGUUGCUUGAGAUGGAGAAUCUAUCUGGCUAUGAUUUCCAACAGAAUACACCGAAUAGAGUAAUGAAAUCUAGCGAGGUAGUGAGUAUCAGAGAUGAGCUCGGCAGUAAGUCAGAGAUAAAAGGCUCAAAUUCUAUUGUCAGCAGCAAAGGAUCCCAUAUAAGAAAAUCCCUACAAAGUAUUGGAAAAUUGAUAAAUGGCUCCGAAAGAAGGAACACUCAGCGCCCAUCGGAAACACCAUCAUCCAAGUUCAGCAUAAGCAAGAACAUUGAGAGCAAGUCUCCUAUUCCAAUUGACGCGAGAUCGAGGAGGCGGCAGUCGUUAACGGCUGUUCAGCCGUUGUCAAGGAGAUCCUCACUUGGUGGAAAAUCAGUGGAUUCAUAUACAAACAUGCCGAAUCCGAGGACACCACCGCCUGUCCAUCCAUCUUCAAAGGCCACAAAGAAAUGGCUAUGAGUGAUCAAGCGAAAACUUUCCUAGUCUCCCAUUUAACUGUGGAUGCCUCAACUUCCGGAGUUCCCGUGUCGCCUCGAAUCUCUUGGUAGGAAGGCUUCCAAAUCAGGUGAACAGAACUUGCUGAAGGAACUGCUGCUGCAGCUUCGGUUCGGGCUUCAUUUGAUUGUAUGAUUAGUCGUUGCUUUUCGGUUUUUAACGAUUCUUCGUGGAAGAAUAAAUUUCACUUGUAUAUUACAUCUUAGCCGCGUAGGUUUCUUCCUUAGUUAUGAGAAGCUGAUGUUGCAGCUUAAUCAAGUUCAGAUUCACUGACAACUGUAGUUCCUUCCAUAUGUUGUACUCUCCUCACUAACAUAUUUCAUGUUGAACCAAUCUUGUAUACAACAUGACAUUCCAGAUCACACAUUGGUAGGAAUAGCAUUUUGGUUUGC